AUGCUAAUAGAAGACGACUCGCUACAUCUAUACCACCUAACGCUAACGAAGCCCACAGCAGCUAUCAAGUCGAUUUUGGGACAGUUUUUGGACAAUAAAAAAUCUCAAGAACUCGUUCUUGCAACGUCCACCUCCAUCGAACUAUGGCAAUUUCACCUGGAAUCGGGCAAGAUCAAGCAAAUAUGCCACCAGCAGGUUAUAGGAGUGAUCCAGAACAUCGAUCGUAUAAGAAAAGGAGGAUCAAAUCUCGAUCUACUUGUAAUUACAAGUGAUUCUGGUCGAUUAUCAAUACUCGAGUUCGACAAAGAUGAGCUUAAAUUCUUCCCCGUGGUCCAGGAACCACACUCAAAAAAUGGAAUGAAUAGAACUACUCCCGGCGAGUACCUCUGUGUGGAUCCCCAGGAUAGAACCAUCACCAUAGGUGCAAUUGAGCGUGACAAGUUGAUGUACAAGGCUCAAACCAACAACAACAAACUCGAACUUCUGUCGCCACUAGAAUCAGUAUCGAAAAACACCUUGACCAUACAAAUGGUGUCUUUGGAUACAGGUUAUGAAAACCCUAUGCUUGCUGCAAUUGAGUGUAAUUAUGCUCAUUAUGAUGCUAGCCUAAAAUACGAUCCCCAAUCUUCCAACCUUACCCUUCAGUAUUACGAAUUCGAACAAGGUCUAAACUACGUCGCCAGACGAAAAGAUACCCUAGAAAUACCCUCUUCUUCAACUACGUUAGUACCAUUGCCGACUCCCAUAGGUGGAGUUAUUGUUGCCGGUUCCUCAUUUAUCUUUUAUCAUAACCCUACAAUUGACCAGCAAUUAUACUUGCCGAUUCCACUGAGAGCAGGCUCAUCUCCAGUACCAAUAGUCUGCUAUGCGGUACACAAAUUGAAGAAGAACAAUUUCUUUAUUUUAUUGCAUAAUGAAUUGGGCGACUGUUUCAGAGUUCUAAUAGACUACGAUGAUGAUUCUGAAAAGGUUACUGAACUCAGCGUGGGGUAUUUUGACACAAUCUCUCCUAGUACCAGUAUUAAUGUGUUUAAAAAGGGCUAUCUUUUUGCCAAUGUGACGAAUAACGAUAAAAUGCUAUACCAAAUUGAAGAUCUUGGGGAUAAUGAUUCAUAUAUAAGCUCGAGCCAGUUUUCUUCGCUUGAAGAUGUUUUUGAUGGUAACAAGAAACAUGAGUUUAAGCCUCGGGGGCUCAGAAAUCUUGCCUUGGUGCAAAUCAUCGACUCAUCAAACCCAUGUUUUGGAGGUGCUUUAGUCAAGACCAGUGAAAGCAAAGAGUCCAGGAUAGCUAUGAUCACGGGCCACUCACAUUUAAAGCUCAAGACCCAUGGAAUUCCGAUCUCGACUCUUGUCUCGUCUCCAUUACCAAUGAUUGCAACAUCUGUCUUCACCACCCGGUUGUCAGCUGAGUCCAAGAACGACGAAUAUAUGGUGAUUUCAUCGUCAGCAUCGUCUAAAACUCUCGUUCUCGCAAUUGGAGAGGUAGUAGAAGAGGUCCAAGACUCAUCAUUUGUGACAGACCAACCAACAAUUGGAGUUCAGCAAGUGGGUCUUAAAUCACUCAUCCAAAUAUAUUCCAAUGGUAUCAGGCACAUACGACAAACUGAGACCGAAGGAAAGAUUACCAAAAAAACUUUCGACUGGUAUCCUCCUGCUGGUAUCACCAUUAUCAGCGCAAGUACAAACCAGGAACAAGUGUUGAUUGGUUUGUCGAACAGAGAACUCUGCUACUUUGAAAUUGAUCCUACCGAUGACCAGCUCAUUGAGUAUCAAGAACGAAUUGAGAUGUCAGGCGGACAGAUUUGUGCCUUAGCAUUAGCGUCUUCCUUCGUUAAUAAGUCACAGCGGAAAAGUCCCUUUGCUUUGGUCGCCUGUACGGACGAGACAGUUCAGGUAAUCUCUUUACAGCAGCAUAAUUGUCUAGAGACGUUGACGUUUCAGGCACUCUCAGCUAAUUGCACAUCUGCUGUCAUAAUAUCAAACGAAACUUCUCUCGUUGCCCAUCUCGGCCUUGAGAAUGGACUAUAUGUCAGAAGUACUCUUGAGUCCAUUACUGGAAAGUUUAGUGACACAAGAGUCAAAUAUCUAGGAGCCGAUAGUGUAAAACUAUCUGCUAUUUCACUUCGACAACUGCAACAAGUUGGCGUUCUUGCUGUAUCCACUUAUCCAUGGUUAUGCUACAGAUCCAAAAAUAAGACCAGAAUUACCCCGUUAAUGGGAGCUAACAUCAAAUGUGGUACUUCGUUCUACUCUGAGGAAAUUGGCGAGGGUAUAGUUGGAGCUUCUGCCAGCGAGUUGACUAUCUUCACAAUUGGCGAAGACGAAGAUAAUUCUGAAAUGAGCAUAGAGGAUGAGUUGGCGAUAGAGGACAUCAGACUUCGUUACUCUCCCACCAAGAUGAUACUUGAAGACCAAACCGCUUUUGUUAUUGAGUCAGAAUAUGGUGUGGUCCUGCCAUAUCAGAGUGGUGAAGAAGUCGAUUCAGACUAUUACAGUGCUUUUGGCUAUCUGAGAAAGGAUGAAUCAUGGGCUUCGUGUGUGCAAAUCCUUGAUCUUGAGUCCAAAAAGAUAACUUUCAGCACUGAACUUGAAGACAACCAAAAACCGCUUUCAUUGUGCCGUAUGAAUUUCGGUAACCAAAAGUACCUUAUGGUAGGUACAGCUAAAGAUUUGACUUUUCAACUCAAUAAUAACCCAAAGUAUAAAAUAAUUACAUUUCUCAUCAAUGGCUCAGAAUUAGAAUUGUUGCAUUACACAGAGGUAGACCAUCCUCCUGCGGCGAUGAUUCCCUUUGAAGGUAAACUUCUCGUCGGCAUGGGCAAAUAUUUACGCCUAUAUGAAUUGGGCAAGAAACAACUCCUUCGAAAAUCGUCUACAUUAGUUGACUACCUUACUAAAAUAGUACAGAUUACCCACCAGGGCAAGCAAAGAAUAGUGGUGGGCGAUGGUAGCAACUCGACCACUUUUUUGAAAUAUGAUAGCCUGGAUAACAUUUUUGUUUCCUUCGCCGACGACGUUAUGAAGCGCCAUAUCACUGCAUUAGAAUGUUUGGAUCAUGAUACUGUAAUUGGUGGUGAUAAGUUUGGGAACGUUUUCGUGAAUCGCAUACCUUUUACUUUGUCCAAGCAGGCCGACCAAGAAUGGAGUUUGGUGAAGUAUCAAGAUCACUACCUUAAUAGUGCAGGAAAUCGCCUGAAGGGCCUAUGUGAGUUCUUUCUUCAAGAUAUCCCAACGCUGUUUUUCAAGGGAACACUUGUCACUGGUGGUAAGGAGUCUAUCUUCUACACCGGUUUAUGUGGAAGUUUGGGAUUUUUUGAACCUUUAAUUUCGAAGCUGGAGGUAAGUUUCUUCACAGCAUUGGAGAACUCUAUACGAAAAGUUCUCGACCCAAACCUCGAGGAACACGAUAAGAAAAGGCUUUAUUGUCAGCUUCUUGGAAAAGAUCAACUCAAGUUCCGCGGCUACUACAAUCCAGUUAAAAAUGUCAUAGAUGGAGAUUUUGUUGAGUACUAUUUUGAACUUGACCCCCGCACAAAGACCAAGAUAGCCACAGAGCUAGAUAGAACCCCUCGUGAUAUCGAACGAAAGAUUGCCGACAUCAGAAGCAGAGUGGCAUUUUGA